AUGUGGCUGUUAUUUCUGUCCCUCAUACUGCCGCCCCUUGUGGCACCCAGCCCCCUCACGGAGCUGUACCGCGUGCCGCUGCGUCGGUUUCCCUCGGCCCGGAAUCGCUUCGUGCAGUUUGGCAUACGGAUGGAUCGAUUCCGACUGAAGUACAGCAGAGUGGAUGGGCGCAGUCGGCCGAGAGGCGGCUGGGAGGUGAGAAGCGAGCCACUGAGCAACUACCUAGACGCUCAGUACUUUGGGCCGAUCACCAUCGGCAGCCCGCCGCAGACCUUCAAGGUGAUCUUCGACACGGGAUCCUCGAACCUGUGGGUACCCUCCACCAGCUGCGCCCCCACGAUGGUGGCCUGCAUGGUGCACAGUCGCUACAAUGCGCGGCAGUCGAGCAGCCAUCGCCGGAACGGGGUCCGCUUCGCCAUUCACUACGGCAGCGGGAGUCUGGCCGGUUACCUCUCCAGCGACACGGUGCGGGUGGCUGGCCUGGAGAUCCAGAAUCAGACAUUCGCAGAGGUCACCACGAUGCCGGGCCCCAUCUUCCUGGCAGCAAAAUUUGAUGGGAUCUUCGGGCUGGCCUAUCAAAGCAUCUCCAUGCAGGGUGUUAAGCCUCCAUUCUACGCGAUAAUGGAGCAGAAGCUCCUCAGCAACCCCGUGUUUAGUGUGUACCUCAACAGGGAGCAGGAGCACCCAGAGGGGGGAGCACUGUUCUUCGGGGGAUCCAAUCCGAGGUACUACCGAGGCAACUUCACCUACGUUCCGGUGAGCCGUCGCGCCUACUGGCAGGUGAGGAUGGAGGCGGCUACCAUCAACGACCUGCGACUCUGCCAGCAUGGCUGCGAGGUCAUCAUCGACACGGGGACCUCCUUCUUGGCCCUGCCCUACGACCAGGCGAUUCUCAUCAACGAGUCGAUAGGCGGGACACCCUCCGAGUAUGGCCAGUACUCUGUUCCCUGCGACCAGGUUCCGCAGCUGCCACGACUGACCUUUCAGCUCGGGAGUCAACAGUUCUUCCUGGACGGCAGCAACUACAUCUUCCGCGACGUCUACCAGGAUCGCGAGAUCUGCUUCUCGGCCAUCAUCGGCGUGGACUUGCCCUCGCCCAGUGGUCCCCUGUGGAUACUCGGGGACGUCUUUCUGGGCAAAUACUACACAGAGUUUGAUAUGGGCAAUCAUCGGAUUGGAUUUGCCGAGGCCAAGAACUAAUCCAACUGUUUAUCUCCGAUGUAUUUCGUUCUUGUUGGAAAAGCAUGAUGUUUCAU